CAUCCUCCCAGAGGACGGUUUGAAACGAAGGCAGAGAGAGAGGGCACCUGGGAGGACACGGUGGGAGGGCUGAGGGUGGGGGCCAGGGCUCAGCCCAGAGCCUCUGGGGUGGGCAUCGUGGGCAGGGGCAGUGGCCGAGGUGUGGAGGCAGGGGAGAAUGCGCCUCUCCAAAACCCUCAUCGACAUGGACAUGGCUGACUACAGCGCUGCACUGGACCCAGCCUACACCACCCUGGAGUUUGAGAAUGUGCAGGUGUUGACGAUGGCCAAUGACACAUCCCCAUCAGAAGGCGCCAACCUCAACGCGCCCAAUAGCCUGGUUGUCAGCGCCCUGUGCGCCAUCUGUGGAGACCGGGCCACAGGCAAACACUACGGUGCCUCGAGCUGUGACGGCUGCAAGGGCUUCUUCCGGAGGAGUGUGAGGAAAAACCACAUGUACUCCUGCAGAUUUAGCCGGCAGUGCGUGGUGGACAAAGACAAGAGGAACCAGUGUCGCUACUGCAGGCUCAAGAAGUGCUUCCGGGCUGGCAUGAAGAAGGAAGCUGUGCAAAAUGAACGGGAUCGGAUCAGCACGCGCAGGUCAAGCUAUGAGGACAGCAGCCUGCCCUCCAUCACUGCCCUCCUGCAGGCAGAGGUCUUGUCCCAGCAGAUUAACUCCCCCAUCUCCGGGAUCAAUGGUGACAUUCGGGCGAAGAAGAUCGCCAGCAUUGCCGACGUGUGCGAGUCCAUGAAGGAGCAGCUGCUGGUGCUCGUUGAGUGGGCCAAGUACAUCCCUGCGUUCUGUGAGCUGCCCCUGGAUGACCAGGUGGCCCUGCUCAGAGCCCAUGCCGGUGAGCACCUGCUACUCGGAGCCACCAAGCGAUCUAUGGUGUUCAAGGAUGUGCUGCUCCUAGGCAAUGACUACAUCGUCCCCCGGCACUGUCCAGAACUGGCAGAGAUGAGCCGGGUGUCCAUGCGUAUCCUUGACGAGCUGGUACUGCCCUUCCAGGAGCUACAGAUAGAUGACAAUGAGUACGCUUGUCUCAAAGCCAUCAUCUUCUUUGACCCAGAUGCCAAAGGGCUGAGCGACCCCGGCAAGAUCAAGCGGCUGCGCUCGCAGGUGCAGGUAAGCUUGGAGGACUACAUCAACGACCGCCAGUACGACUCCCGCGGCCGCUUCGGGGAGCUGCUGCUGCUGCUGCCCACCCUGCAGAGCAUCACCUGGCAGAUGAUCGAGCAGAUCCAGUUCAUCAAGCUCUUUGGCAUGGCCAAGAUCGACAACUUGCUGCAGGAGAUGCUGCUGGGAGGGUCCUCCAGUGAUGCACCCCAUGCCCACCACCCCCUGCACCCUCAUCUGAUGCAGGAACACAUGGGCACCAAUGUCAUUGUUGCCAACACGAUGCCUGCUCACCUCAGCAAUGGACAGAUGUGUGAGUGGCCCCGACCCAGGGGGCAGGCAGGUGGGCAACCUGGGAUCUACCUGGCAAGGGCCACCCCUGAGACUCCACAGCCCUCACCACCAGGUGGCUCAGGAUCGGAGCCCUACAAGCUCCUGCCAGGAGCCAUCGCCACAAUCGUCAAGCCCUCCUCUGCCAUCCCCCAGCCAACCAUCACCAAGCAGGAAGUCAUCUAGCAAGCCGCUGGGGGUCGGGGGCUCUGCUGGCUCCCCCCAGCCCCUUCAGAGAGCACCUGGUGAUCACUUGGUCUCAGCAAAGGAAGGAGUGACACCAGGGCAGUCCCAGAGUGUUAAUAGAAAGGGCGAAGGGCCCAAGCACGUGGGCUGAGGGCCACAUUCCAUUGCCACCUUUGAUGCCCUGCUCUGGGAGAUAUGGUUUUGACUUGGGGAGACCUCAGCUGGAAAGUCCUCUGCUGCCUUGGACAACUUAUCUCUUGUUGAAGCCACUGCCUUCACUUUCAUCCAUAUCUACCCCCAAGAUCACCCCUGAAGGACUGCUGUCUGGAGAUAACACAGGGCCCUGCUUAAAUCCAGCUCCCUGUCCCCAGACUGGUGCUGCUUCUCUCCUAGUCCCCAUCAUGGUAUCCAGGGGCAGAGCACCUCACUCCUCCCCCUUCUGCUGUCCCCAUUGCCAACACCCCUCUCCCUCCACUGUCACCCUCCUAGGCCAUCCUUUCUUCUUCAAAGUCACCUCUCCAGAAGCUGGGAGAGGCUUGCAAACAAUCUCCCAAUCAUUCUCGGAACAUCUCGUAAUCCCCACCUGGGGCUGGGCAGAAUGCAGGAGACUUUAUUCCUCCCCACUUCCUCAGGGACAUGCGUGGGUCUUCAGAAACGGCCCCUUUAGGCUUUCGACCUGAGAGCGAGCCAAGGUCGACAACCACAAUGGGAACUUGGAGGGAGGGCUGGUGUGGUCAGAGGAAGCAUCUGGGAAGAGGCAGACUGUGCACCAGGCCUUUGAGGAAGAGUGGGAUUCUGGGGUAGAGCAGGGGAGACAGGACAUUCCAAAGAACAGCUUGGACAAUGGCCUGGAGGGAGGAAGGAUGGCAUGGGAGAGAGAAGGCUCCGAGAGAGGGCCUGGAAUGCUGGGCUGAGGCCCUGAGCUGGGGAAGGGUGCAGGGAGGUGAGCUUUCAGAGAUAAAUACAGCGAGUGGGGCAGGGAGGGAGCAGGAAGGUCAAAUGGGGCUGAUGAUGUCAUGCAGGUGAGAGUGACAUGGCUUGGGAAAAGGUGAACGCUCAGAUUAGAGGGGCAUUAAGGAGAAUUACCCCCAGGGCCUGUCUCUAGCUCUCUCUUACUCCCAGGCACUGUCUUAAGGCAUUUGACCUGUGUCCUCUUAUUUUAUCCUCCAUAGUAUCUAGAGCAGUGGUUCUCAACCUUCCUAAUGCCGCAACGCUUUAAUACAGUUCCUCAUAUCGUGGGGACCCCCAAACAUAAAAUUAUUUUCAUUGCUACUUCAUAACUGUAAUUUUGCUACUGUUAUGAAUCGUAAUGUAAAUAUCUGAUAUGCAGGAUGGUCUUAGGCAACCCCUGUGAAAAGGUCGUUCAACCCCCAAAGGGGUCACGACCCACAGGUUGAGAACUGCUGAUCUAGAGGUUGCUACCGAAGAUGAAGUUGAGUUCUCAGAGGUGAUGAGAUUUUUUUCUGAAAUUUGUGCAACUGAUAUGAGUGCCAAGUCAGGACUUGAACCUUGGCUUCCCCAGAUUGGGAGCUGUUAACCACAGUAGCUGAACAUCUUCUCCAAAAGGGCCCCUCUGUCCUCACUGUGAUUGAACUGUGGGACUUCCUGACUCUUUCAGCAGCCUCAGAAAGGAAAGGCCCAUUCUUCCCAGGAGCCCAGCCAACUUUUGGGACUAAGAUUGGCCUGAGGCUGCACUAAAAUCCACUUAGGGUCCAGAAUCCCGUUUACUGAUAAAUGUUGAGGAGAAUUCAUGAUUCUUGACCCCUUGUCUCUUUCGCUCCCCAAGUCUGGGGGCGGGGGUGGCAGGGGUCUGGUUCCUGGAAGACAGACCAAUCUGGGCAAGCCUGGGGGUGGGACAGUUUGAGAGUGGGGCAGGGUGUGAGGCCUGCUCUGGGGAUUGACACUCAAGGUCCAUUCUUGACAUAUUAAACCCCAGGAUGGAGCAGCCAGCACCUCAUCCAUGCAGAAUCUUGGAAGCUUUGGGUAUAGUCUGGAAAACGCCAUUGGCCAGUGGGAACAAAAGGGAUGGGUCCUUGGGAUGGAGGUAUGGGUAUGUAGCAGAGUGAACUGUUAGAGAGACUGACCACCUACCCUCCACCCAAGGCUGACUCUUCUGAGCGGAUGGGAGCAGUAUCCUAGUGCCCAGAAAUUCCACCAUUGCUGAUUAUUUCUUUUUGCACGGAAUAGACGCAUGCACAGUGCAUCAGAGAGAAAGCUCCACAUCCCCAGCACUGUCAGGAUUGGCCCUCCCUAGUCCACCAAGCCAAGUUCCCAGUCCCAGGAGACACUGCUCCCUGCACAGAGCCCCUAAGCAUCCCUCAGCCACCUUACUCCAGGGCCCCAGAAUCCCUGCCAGCCACUGCAGAUACAGCAAGUCAGGGCAGCUGGAGUCUUUCUGGACACUGUGGUCAUUCCCAGUCUGUUCCUUUACCCCCAAAGUGUGGCUCAGGCCUCUGUCAUGGGAGCUACAUUGAAAUAAUAUCCCAUAGCUUGGAGUGGGGUAGCGGUAGCCUUCAGUGGCAGCAAUCUUUUGCAGCAAAAGGUGGUCCUUUCCUCCAAUCCACCCUUUCUGGAGGAAAAAUCCAUUCCACUUUAGACAACUUAUUGCAAUUCAGGAAACAUGAAACAAAGAAAAGUUUACUUUUCUGAAUCAAAGCUUGAUACAACAUUGGAAAAUCUUUUUCUCUUUUUAUCCCUCCUACCUGAGUUGUGGUCCUAAAACAAAAUCCGAUGGACCAAAACAGGGCUGUUUGGGGGCAAGUGGGGGCACAUAACUCCCCCACCAACACAGAUCAUUCUUCAGGCAGCUCUCGGGAGCUUCUAGAAUCCCUAUGGCUCUCCUAAGAGUGGAUGGAGGAGGGAGAGAGUUGGAAAUGGAUGCUCUUCUAUUCCUGCAUGACCAAUUCAACUGUUUUUGCCAAUUUUUCUGUGAUCCACCCUGAUUCAGAAGAAUUGUGAAAUUCUCAUCAAGCAAUUUGGGAAUUGGGCUGGGUCCCGUCAGAUGGUCCCACACCUUCCUGUGGUGUGAGGGUCAUUAGGUCCUGUGCUGACCUCCAAGAAUCCAUUACUGCCGCCCCAUGGGGCAAAGAACCAAAAACCAUUUCUUACUCUUGUGUGUUUUAAUGAAAGUUUAUAAAAACAAAUAAAUGGCGCAUAUGUUUUCUAA